AUUAUCAUAAUCCGGAGCGAGAGAGAGAGAGAGAGAGAGAGAGCGAUGGCGUCGGUGCUCAUCGGCGUCUUCCGGCCACCGGCGGGCGGUGGGCGGUUGCAGAUCCCGAUCCAUCUUCCGACGAGGACUGGGAGGGUGAGUCGGGUGACGAUGAGGGACCGGGCGAAGAACCGGAAGCCGCCGCAGCGGGGUCGGUACCUGAGCGUGGAGGCGAUCCAGGCCGUGCAAGCCUUGAAGCGUGGAGAGAGGAUGGGCGGUCGCGAAUCAGUGGAGAUGGCGAUGCAGGCGAGAGUGCGGCGGCUGGUGAAGCGGGACAUGAUGGCCGUGCUAGGCGAGCUCCAGUCCCAAGGCGAAGCCUUGCUCGCCCAGCAGGUUUUUGAAGAGGUUCGGAAGGAGCAUUGGUAUAAACCGCAGCUAUCUGUCUACGUUAAUAUGAUCACUGUCUUGGCAAGCAAUGGUUUGUACAAGGAGCUGGAUCAAAUUUGUUCAUAUUUGAAGAAAGAACAGUGGGAGGCUGAUACUGAAGGCUUUAAUUCACUGUUGAAAACUCUAUUCGAGUUCGGAUUCACUCAAACUGCUAUGGAUUGCUUUCGCUUGAUGAAGUUGUGGGAAAGUGAACCGGAUGCUUUAACAUAUAGAAUCUUGAUACACGGUCUUGAAUUGAAGGGAGAAGCGGAUCUUUCGGUCCCUAUAAGGGAAGAAGCAAAGGAACAUUUUGGUGGAAAUUUGGAUUUUCUGGAUGAGAAGGAAGAGACUGCACCAUCUUAUAUAUGCAGGUCCUGGUGAAUAAACUGUUCAGUGAUGUUGGCUAAACAUGAGAUCCUGCCGAAGGAUUUAUAUUAACCCACAAGGAUUCAUCUACAACAUUGCAUUCUGUAGCUCUGUGUAAUCAACUUAGUUUGGUGAUCCUUUGUGUUUUAGCCUCUGUUUCUAUAUGUUAUAAUAGAUAUCAGGUAUUUUUUCUCAUUUGGUGUGUUUUGGUUAUAGAAUGUUGUAAAUCAAACAGAAAAACUCUGCCAUUACUGAAAUAGCCUUUGUUCUGGUCGUUUUAUUUA